AUGAAUUAUUAUGGACCAGUGGAACUUAGCUCAAAGCCAGCAUACUCAGGUCGUGUGCAGUAUCCUACUGCUGGGAAUGACUGCACUCUGAGAAUCACCAAUGUGAGGGAGGACGACUCAGCCGUGUACAAGUUCAGAGUCACAACAAACCAACCGGAUGGAGAUUUCACUGGUGCAGGAGUCACUGUGACUGUUGCAGCCCCUCAGGUGCAGGUGGAGCAGGUAUCGACCCAGGCAGUGCUGAAGUGCUACAGCCGCUGUGCUACACCUGAUGAUCCCUCGUAUGUCUGGUACCGAAACGGACUCAAGAUGAAUGAAGAGACGUCUCUCUCCAUCUCUGUGGAUGUAAACAACAGGUAUUCCUGUGCUGUUAAAGGACAUGAGAAUCAUUGCUCCACUGAAGUGUGGGUUCAGGGCUGGGGAGUGACUCUGCUCUCUUCUCAGAUCUGUGCAGUGAAAGGAUCAACAGUGGACGUACCCUGCAGCUUCACAUACCCCUCAAUGAUAAAUCAGCGAUCCACUGUUAUUCAGAGCGCAGUGUGGUUUACUGAAACAGAUUAUUAUGAACCUUCUGACCUUAGCUCAAACCCAGCAUACUCAGGUCGUGUUCAGUAUCUAUUUACUGCUAAUGCCUGCACUCUGAGAAUCAGUGACAUCAGAGAGAGUGACGCAGCUGAGUACAAGUUCAGAUUCACAACAAACCAACCAGGUGGAGGAGCCACUUCUUCAUCUGGGGUCACUUUGUCUGUCACAGACCUUCAGAUCCAAGUGAAAAGAUUACAGAACCAGUUUGAGCUGAAGUGCCAGAGCAGCUGUGAUGUGGCUGAUAAUCCUUCAUAUGUCUGGUACCAAAACCAAUGGAAAACAAAUGCAUGGACAUCUACUUUGGGAGUCUCUUUCCAAGAUAACAACAAGUAUUCCUGUGCAUUUAGAGGACAAGAGAAUCACCGCUCUCUAGAAGUGUAUGCUCCAACAUCUUGUUCAGUGUUGCUGAGUCCCGCUGGUGAAAUCAGGGAGAACAGUGGAGUGACUCUGACCUGUAGCUGUGAUGGUCACCCAGCACCAGAGUAUACCUGGUAUAAGCAGGAUGCCAGAGAAGCUCUCAGUAAAACAUCAGAGCUCGUCUUCAGGUCCAUUCAGUCCUCUGACUCUGGAUACUACAGCUGUGGAGCAAAGAAUGAGCUGGGGGCGAGGAUGUCUCAGUACGCUCAGGUCGAUGUGAAAUAUGCUCCAAAAUGGACCUCAAUAUCAGUGAAUUCUCCUGGUGAGACAGUGGAGGGCAGCUCAGUGACUCUGACCUGCAGCAGUUCUGCUAAACCAGCAGCUGUUUACACCUGGUACAAGAAGAAUAAACAUGAAACCCCUCAAAUGUCUAAUAAAGGACCACGGCUUUCCUUUGACUCCAUCCAGUCAUCUGACUCUGCAGAGUACAGCUGUGUAGCAGACAACAUACUGGGGAAGAAGACCUCUGAAUGGAUCCUCAUUGAUGUGAAAUAUGGUCCGAGGCUUCCCUCUGUGUCAGCGAGUCCCUCUGCUGAGGUAGAGGAGGGUGGCUCAGUGACUCUGACCUGUAGCAGUGAUGCUAACCCACCAGCUAAUUACACCUGGUACAAGGAGAACGAAAACUCACCAAAAGCAUCAGGGCAGAAUUUUACUAUCAGCAGCACCAGACCUGGAGACAGUGGGAAUUAUGUCUGUGUCAGCCAAAACAGAAGAGGGCGCCACAGCUCCACUAUACUUCUGACUGUUGAGGGAGCAGGAACAGGAAAACUGAUAUCUUACGUGACUGUUCCUGCUAUUCUCCUCGCUCUCAUCCUUAUCUUUGUCUUCAUUUGGAUCAGGAAGAAGAGGGCCUCCAAGCCACCGUCUGACCCGAGAAAGAGAGCCAACAACCGUGAAUGGAGGAGGACAGUGGAUAGAGUCGGAAACAGGGACGAGAGCGUGGGAGAGACAUGCGGUAAAGGGGCUCAGGCCGGAUUCGAACUCGGGCCGUCCGCUUACAUGGGCCGCGCCUUAACCACUCGGCCACCUGCGCCCUUUGAUAUACAACUACAGGGGCAGCAGGAUGAGCUUUAUUACGCCACAGUGUGCUUCAUCAAAAAACCAGCCAACCCUCUCUACUCCAACUCUCAGAUAGCUUCACCCAAAAGUUACACCAGAGAAGAAGAAGAGAAGGUUGUGUACUCUACUGUGAAAUGUCCCAGCACCAGUGCAGCCCAGAGACAACAAGCUGCCGUGGAUCCAGGUGAAUUGUACAGUGCAGUCAACAAAUAUGCCAGAAAUCACGGACAAAGAGACUUCUAG